AGGCGGCCUCGCCGCUUUAAGAGCCGGGCUAGCGAUUGACAAGCAAUAAACGCGGAGCGCCAGGCUGAGCUGGAGCCGCCCCGAGCUAGGGGCUUCCUUGGGCACAGGAGAGACUCUACAGAGCCCUUGCCUACCUCACCAUGCCAGUCGCCGCCACUAACUCUGAGUCUGCCAUGCAGCAAGUCCUGGACAACCUGGGAUCCCUCCCCAAUGCCACGGGGGCUGCGGAGCUGGACCUGAUCUUCCUUCGAGGCAUUAUGGAAAGUCCCAUAGUAAGAUCCCUGGCUAAGGCUCACGAGAGGCUGGAGGAGACGAAGCUGGAAGCUGUACGAGACAACAACCUUGAGUUGGUGCAGGAGAUCCUGCGGGACCUGGCGCAGCUGGCGGAGCAGAGCAGCACAGCGGCAGAGCUGGCCCGCAUCCUUCAGGAGCCCCACUUCCAGUCCCUUUUGGAGACGCAUGACUCUGUGGCCUCAAAGACCUAUGAGACUCCACCACCCAGCCCUGGCCUGGACCCCACAUUCAGCAACCAGCCUGUACCUCCUGACGCUGUGCGCAUGGUGGGAAUCCGCAAGACAGCUGGAGAGCAUCUGGGCGUGACGUUCCGCGUGGAGGGUGGUGAGUUGGUGAUUGCGCGCAUUCUGCACGGGGGCAUGGUGGCUCAGCAAGGCCUGCUACACGUGGGUGACAUCAUCAAGGAGGUGAACGGGCAGCCGGUGGGCAGCGACCCCCGCGCGCUACAGGAGCUCUUGCGCAGCGCCAGUGGCAGUGUCAUCCUCAAGAUCCUGCCCAGCUACCAGGAGCCCCAUCUGCCCCGCCAGGUAUUUGUGAAAUGCCACUUUGACUAUGACCCUGUCCGAGACAGCCUUAUCCCCUGCAAGGAAGCGGGCCUGCGCUUCAGUGCUGGGGACUUGCUUCAGAUUGUAAACCAGGAUGAUGCCAACUGGUGGCAGGCAUGCCAUGUAGAAGGGGGCAGUGCUGGGCUCAUCCCCAGCCAGCUGCUGGAGGAGAAGCGGAAAGCGUUUGUCAAGAGGGACCUGGAGCUGACACCCACAUCAGGGACGUUAUGCGGUAGCCUUUCAGGAAAGAAAAAGAAGAGAAUGAUGUAUUUGACCACCAAGAAUGCAGAGUUUGACCGCCAUGAGCUGCUCAUUUAUGAGGAGGUGGCCCGCAUGCCCCCAUUCCGCCGGAAAACCCUGGUGUUGAUUGGUGCUCAGGGUGUGGGCCGGCGCAGCCUGAAGAACAAGCUUAUCAUGUGGGAUCCAGAUCGCUAUGGCACCACGGUGCCCUACACAUCCCGACGGCCCAAGGACUCAGAGCGGGAAGGCCAGGGUUACAGCUUUGUGUCCCGUGGGGAGAUGGAGGCUGACAUCCGUGCUGGGCGCUACCUGGAACAUGGUGAAUACGAGGGCAACCUGUAUGGCACGCGUAUCGAUUCCAUCCGGGGUGUGGUCGCUGCCGGCAAGGUGUGCGUGCUGGAUGUCAACCCCCAGGCAGUGAAGGUGCUGAGGACAGCUGAGUUUGUCCCUUACGUGGUAUUCAUUGAAGCCCCAGACUUUGAGACUUUGCGGGCCAUGAACCGGGCCGCACUAGAGAGUGGAGUGUCCACCAAGCAGCUGACGGAAGCGGACUUGAGGCGGACGGUGGAGGAGAGCAGCCGCAUCCAGAGGGGCUACGGACACUACUUUGACCUCAGCCUGGUCAACAGCAACCUGGAGAGGACCUUCCGAGAGCUCCAGGCAGCCAUGGAGAAGCUGCGGACAGAGCCCCAGUGGGUACCUGUCAGCUGGGUGUACUGAGCCUGUUCAUCUGAGCCUCAGCCCCUUUGUAUUGAGACCCAGAAUCUGAAUCCAUCCCCUCCCCUCCUGUGGCCCCUGCCACAGUCCUUAGCCCUGUCCCUGGCUCUCUUCGGUAACCGCUCCCAGCUGGCUCUAAGUCUGACUUCCUCACAGAGGUGUGCACUGCCAGGGAGGUGGGCCUUCAUGGGGUACCUCUGUGCCCAGGUGCUGCCCACUCCCAAUGCCCAUUGGCCACCAGAUAUCCCACCCUGAGGGCCAAGCUGUGCCCAGGAGUGUGUCAGCAUCACCUCUAAAAUGCUCAGUCCAGAGAAGAGAAAAGCUGCUUUGGGACUACAUGGUCAGUAGCUACACUGCCCCCUGCCACCUCUCCCCAGUCACUGGUUCUCCUCUGGACUGGCUACCCAGCCCUGUUCCUGGGCUCCUUUCAUCUCUCACCUUGCAUCCUAGAGCAGGCCUUGUGCUGUUCCCCUGGGGCCGGGACAGUGACUAACCCACUGGCAGCCAGGCAGGCCCAGGCAGUGGUGCUAGCCUAAUGCCAUUCCGGAGCUUGGAGGGGCCAAAGUGCAAGCCACUGGCCCCAGUUAGGAAGCAGCUGGGUUCCAGGAGUGGACACUGCUCUGUCCCUUCUUCACCCACAGCAUCUCACUGCCAGAGUCUCUCUACAGACUUCUCCAAUGCACUCUGGCUGGUCAGCCCUGCUCCCCAUGAGUGAGGCUGCCAGGAGCCAGCAGGUCAGCUUGGGUGUGGAGGGAGGUGGUUGAAGGGCUGAGCCCUACAACAAGGAGCCUGCUACUGCAGACUAAAGAGCCCCAAGACCUCCAUGGCCCACAGUGGGGACAUUUCUGGGCUCCUAGACCAUGACCUUUGUCCAUUUUGGCCUUCUCUUGGGCUGGGUCCAGAUAGCCCACUUGCAUCAGGGUUGCUGGUGUGGAGGGGCUGAAGAAGGGGGACUUUGUGAGCCCUGGGGCAUGGAGCAUGGGCUAGAAGAGGGAUGGCACCCUAGCAGGUUCCUCAUCCCAGGGGGUGCCAUUCACACUGUAUGUAGUCUGUUUCCAUGUGCUAGGGUGCCUGGUCUUGUUCCUGCACUGGGGUGUGUUCGUGUGUGUGGUUUGGGGGGAGAGGAGAAGGGUGGGGUCUCCCAUCAUCCCCAUUUCUUAUGAGACCCUUUCCCCAGAUUCCAGAGUCUGACACCUCUCCCCCAUCCAGAUGUCUCCUCCGCCCUUACUGUUCUCUUACUCUAAAUGCCACCCUCCCAUCCUUGGGGAGGGCAGUUUUGUAAAAUAGAAGGAUCCCCUUUAAGGAAAGAAUGCUGUCCUAGACUUCCCUGGGCAUCUCAUCCUUCAUCCUUCUUCCCUCUCUGUGACCCUUCCCUUGCGGGGGUGAGCCAGUCCUCCCAGGGGAUCACCUGGGAUGCCCCCACCCCUACCCCUGUGCCUCCCAGUUCUUCUGAGCGUCUAAUUAGUCUUUGCUGCAGUGUCAGCCAAAGCUGGCCCCUGAACCACUGUGUGCCCAUUUCCUCGGGAAGGGGAGAGAGAAUUAACAGAAUAUUUAUUACAAA